GAGCAAUAACGAUAGCCCACUAAUGGGCGCGCGAGUCACUGCUCGUCGCCUCCCAAGUCGCACUGAUGUCUCUCUCAGCGUGGACGCAACGUCACGUCCGCACUUGAAUCUGAAGUCUUAUCCCAUUCUACGGAGGCAAUCCCAGCCACACACACACGCGGGAUUCUCCCAAAGCGAUAGGGUAGACUCGUCACUGUGAAAGGAGAAAGAGACAUCAGGAAACAUUGGACCUCGGCUGUUUGGAAGGAGAAAAAUAGGAGGUGUCUGACUGGCUGGCUGUUGGUCUGUCUCCGUCUCCCUCUGUCAACUCCUAGAGCGGAGAGUUCUGUGCCAUUCCUUUCGCUACUGUCAAGACUCGCACGGCGAGGACUGAAUGGUGCCAAAGCUCACAGCACCUGGCAGACCCAACACCGGUGGAAUUUUUGGGGUUCAGUUAUUGAAUUAAUAGGACAUUUGUUGUAAUUCUGCAAGAAAAUAACAGAGGAGAAGAGGUGACAGUUGAAUCGAAUAUUGGCCCAUCGAGCGACGAGUGGCAUGCACGCUUCAUGUUAGUCGUCUCAAUUGGAAGCACGUUGAAAAAGUUACCGGGCACCAGACCAGCGGAGCACCACGGAGCAAGCCGAACCCACGCGCAGUUUUCCGGGCGAUGCCAGAGUAGAUGCAGGGGCAAUGUCCCGUCGCAAGCAGGGGAACCCUCAGCACCUAUCACUGUCUCAAAGAGAAACAAUACGACCCGAGGCCAAUCAUGAGUCGGGGGUGGGAACUCGCCCCCCGGAGCCAUCCACUCCCAGCCCCACUCCCACUCUGAGGAGGGCAGGGCCAGGAGAGCAUGACCUCCUGACCUGUGGGAGGUGCCAGACCAACUUCCUCCUGGGAGACAUCCUGGUCUUCAUAGAACACAAAAGGAGACUGUGCAGUGGAGGAGUCCGCGCCCCUGGGGGGUUCUCCAAACCGGGCGAGAGGGGGACCCCCAUCUUGGCACGAGGAGGGGCGGUGCCAGUGGAGGUGGGGGUGCAGGUGACCCCACAUGGGGAUGAUGAAGAGGAGAGGAGGCUGACGCCCGCUAAAGGAAUCUGUCCCAAGCAGGAAAGAGGAAACACAGGUAAAGAUGAGCCAUCCAGCUACAUCUGCACCUCCUGUAAACAGACCUUCACCAGCGCCUGGUUCCUGCUCCAGCACGCCCAACACACACAUGGCAUCAGAAUCUACCUGGAUACCCACCCCUCCAACUACACCCUCACCCCUCGCAUGGCCCUCCCCCUUCCAAUGGGUGGGGGAGACUCCCUGCCCCGUUCUCCCUUACCAACGUUUCUAGGGGACACCUCCAACCCCUUUCACCUCCUCCGGAUGGCGGCUCCACUACUCAGGGAGUAUCACCGACCCCACCACCACCACCACCCCCAUCCACCUCCGGCGUAUCUUGACACCCGGCUCCCCGCCACCCCACCCUUCGUCAGCCCCCCGCCCCCCAGACAUCCCCUUGAACGCCUGGGUCCAGAGGAGAUGGGGUCCCUGCUCUCCCAGCACCCCAGUGCCUUCGAGAGGGUGAUGCGUCUAACCCCAAUGGAUCCUCCUUCCAUGGACUUUUCCAGAAGGCUCAGAGAGCUGGCGGUUGGCAACAAUAGCAACAACGGAGGCCCCACACCCCCUCUCUCGCCCACCCGGGUGCCCCCCAUGCACCGCCUGCUGAGUCCAACCCUCUUCCAGCCAGGCUCCAAGCACCCACCGUUCCUCACCUACCCCCCACAGCCCCCCACGCCUCAGGGAGACCCAUCCACUACUCCCCAGGGCCAGAACCAAGCCCAGGUCCAGGCCCAAGCCAAGUCCAAGUCCUGUGAGUUCUGUGGGAAGACCUUCAAGUUCCAGAGCAACCUGAUAGUCCACAGACGGAGUCACACAGGAGAGAGGCCCUACAAGUGUCAUCUGUGUGCCCAUGCCUGUUCUCAAGCCUCCAAGCUGAAGAGACACAUGAAGACACACAUACACAAGACAGGCUCCAUGGGGAGCUCCCCUGAACAGGAGAACAGAGGAGAGGGAGGAGAGGGGGAGGAGAAGAGCAGAGAGGGGGAGGGAAGAAUGGGGAUGGACAACGAGGAGGAGGAAGAGGAAGAGGAAGAGGAAGAAGAGGAGGAUGAAAUGGAGGAUGAGGAGGAGAUGAGGAACGGCCUAAGUAGGCCUGAGUCUAACCUGACCAUGGACUCAGAGUUCCACAGGAACAUGGAAAACGGGUUGAGGCCUUCCCCAGACGAGAAGCCUCAUGGUGGGGAUAGAGUGAUGGAGAACGGAGGGGUGGGUAUCAUGCACCCAUAUAACCACCUGGACAAUCACCUGAGACUGGCCCCUUCCAAGCGGACCAUGAGUCUGGACAGGGAGAGGCAUCCGAAUGGAGAGUCGGGAGAAGGAGGAGAUGCUGGGAGGGGGGAGAUGGAGAGAGAGAGGGACAGAGAGCGAGCGAUGGACAGAGCGAUGGACAGAGAUAGAGAAAGUGGAAGAGAGGAGAGGCCCUUGAUGAACAGAAGGAUUAGUGGGUCAGAAGACUCCUUCACUGGUCUGUUCCACCGCCGGCCCACCCCCAUCACCUGCCCCAACCCCUCCAACAAGAGAAUCAAGGUGGAGAAGGAGUUGGAGCUCCCUCCAGCGCCGACCCUCAUCUCCCCAGAGAACAUGUACUCCCAGCUCCUGGCGGGCUACGCAGCUUCACGCCACUUCAUCAGAGAACCUUUCCUGCACGGCUUCAGCGACGCCCACCAGUCCCCCUUCGCCACCUCCUCAGAGCACUCCUCCUCCGAGACGGGUUCUCUCCGCUUCUCCACCCCUCCUGGGGAGUUCCUGGAGGGCAGCUCCACCCCUCACCUCCUGCGGGGUCCCGGACCGGGUCGACCCCCUAGUAAGGAGAGCAGACGGAGCGACACCUGCGAGUACUGUGGGAAGAUAUUCAAGAACUGCAGCAACCUGACGGUGCACCGACGCAGCCACACGGGAGAGAGGCCCUACAAGUGUGACCUGUGCAGCUAUGCCUGCGCACAGAGCUCCAAGCUAACUCGCCACAUGAAGACCCACGGGCAGUUUGGGAAGGAGGUGUACCGCUGUGACAUCUGCCACAUGCCCUUCAGUGUCUACAGCACCCUGGAGAAACACAUGAAGAAGUGGCACGGGGAACACUUGAUGGCCAGCGACGUCAAACUGGAGGAGGCUGAGAGAGGCUAGGUUACGCUAGGCUAAAGCUAAGGCUAGGCUAAAGCUAAGGCUAGGCUAAAGCUAAGGCUAGGCUAGGCUAACACCUCAGACUCCUUCUGAAUGAACACUUACAGGACUUCAACACGGGGUUUGGCUGGAUAAUCUUUCUCCUCUUGAAUAUUUUGGGACAAUUUGAUGUAUGUUAUUUUGUUUUUGUUGGUUGUAUUUGUCACAGAAACUGCCACCUGAGAAACAUAAACAAAGGGAAACAUGGAAUGGGGGAUUGUUCUAGAAAUAAAUGCUUUGUUUCCCACCAACUAUUGAUCUAUCUGAGGAUUUUAUCAUUUAGGAAUCCCUGGAGCUUUUCUACUGUGCAAUAAUGUCUGUAUUUAUUGGAGUUUUGUAAAGAUAUUGGGCAUGCGCAGUAAAAACAAAAUCCAUAACUGGAAACAGGUCACACUUGAUAAGAAAUAUGAUUUUAAUUGUUAACUGACUAAACUAAAAUUAAUGCGAAGAGGUCAACUUCUAAAAAUUAUGAUAGCAAUGAUUUAUUUUUAAACUGUCUCAUUGUUACCCUUUUAGGUCAACAGUGGAUUACAAUCCGUCUGCUUGUAUGUGACAUAGAGCACUGAAUGUCAAUAUGACAAUAAAAUAUUAAUUAUCAUUUUAGAAUUUAAAAAAAUCCCAGAUGUUGUUGUUUUAAAAAUCUGAAGAGGUUACAGACAAUUUUAUACAAACAAAAUGGUCAUUUUUUAAAUAAAUAUCAGCAUGUGUUUUAAACAAUGUCUAAAUGCAAUUAUUAUAAUGAUGUAAUCCAGCCGUAUGUUCCCAAUAUGAGCAGGGGAUGUAAAUAGCGGUUGCACACAUUCCUUAGAUGCAGGAUUAAAUCGCCAUAGGAUUUUUAACAUCAGCUAAUUGACUGUAGUAACUGUGGAAAGGAGAGCAGUUAUACAUGUACGUUUAUUUGUGGAUGUUUUGGGAGGCCCUUUUUUUACUCUUCAAACAUUAUCUAAAUAUUUGUUUUUCUUUGAUCUAUAAUACCAGCCCUGUAUUUUACAUCCAGAAUGGCCACUAAAAACCAAUCAAAAGACUAGCUGCUUGAGUUGUCUACGUACUGAAUAAUAUAGCUACACCAGAUUAUUGCAAUACAGGUCCUCUCAAUAGUGCUUCCUUCCUUGGUCAUACUGUUUACAUUUGAACAACAUAGUGGCAAGGUCGUUACUCCCUCUUGACACUUGCUGAAGCUUAAUCAAAGGCAAUUAGUGAAGUUAAACUUUUAAACAUUCUACAUCGUACAGUACAUUCCACUUCUAGAAUCCUUCCAUUGUUCCGUCUGGGGGAUUCUAGAACAGUAAUGUUCUGUUUGACCUGGGUGAGUUCUUAUCCCCUCAGGAUUCAGCAAAACCAGUAUCAAAAUGUAUUUCAUAUCAAUGCCUGUGUUUCUCCACUGUGUGCUCUAAGCCACAAUCUGCCUGCCUGCUUUCACACUUCACUAACUCAACACUCAUGUAUUAGUAGAGCAGCUGUGAAAAGGAAAAGGUAGAGGUUGUUAAUGUUGCUCCUCAAAGUGAUAUAGGGGUUUAACGCCCAAUAACAGAUUUACAAUUUGGGAUUUUCAGCUGUGAGGAAUGAGGAUGUCUCAUCCUGGGACGAGUCUAAAAAAAGGCUUUUGAGUUACAUUGAAUUAUGUUAAUAAUGUCCAUCACAGCUGUUAGGAUGAUGGCCACACGACCUUGAGAUCUGAUUGGAUCAUUCUUGAGGUAGAACAUGGAAGACUGAAAUAGAGAAGAGAGAGAGGGAGAGAGAGAGGGAAAGAAAGAAAGAGAGAAAUAGAGGUAACGAGAGAGAGAGAGAGAGAGGGAAAGAAAGAAAGAGAGAAAUAGAGGUA